CUUUACUACUCCCUCCGUCUCACUGUGUUUGUCCACUUACCUUUUGGCACACCAUCCAAAUUGAUAUCUUAUUGAUAUACCAAAUUUGUAAAUAAAAUAAUUUAAAAAAAUAGAAAAUUUUAUUUCAUAACCCGCAAUUUUUGUAAUCAAAUUGGGUACGAAGGGAGCAUAUGUGAGGUGGAACGAAGUGAGGCAUGGAAUAUUGUGCACCACUCUAUAGGCAACAACCGAACAACACAAGGGGAUAAAUGCACGAGGAGUAGAUUAACCACCAUUGACAAGAUCCGAAAAUGGAGCCUUCCUCAAAUGAGCGCCACGUUGCAGUUCUCGCCUUCCCCUUCGCCACCCACCCCGGCCUACUCUUCGGCCUCGUGCGCCGCCUCGCCACGGAGGCGCCGGCCACGACGUUCACCUUCUUCAGCACCCCCAGAUCCAACGCGAAAGUGUUCGCUGCCCCGGGGACGCCGGGGAACGUCAAGCGGCGCGACGUGCCCGACGGCGUCCCGGAAGGGCACGUGUCCGGCGGGAGAGGGCCGGAGGUGGAGAUCGGCAUGUUCUUGAAGGCGGCGCCGGGGAGUUUCAGGGAAGGCGUGGCCGCCGCGGAGAGGGAGUCCGGCCGGAAGGUCGGGUGCGUAGUGGCGGAUGCGUUCUUGUCGUUCGCCGGCGACGUGGCGGCGGAGUUGGGCGUUUCGUGGGUCCCAGUGUGGACCUCCGGUGCUGGCUCGCUGCUGCUCCACGUGUAUACGGACUUCAUCAGGCAAACCAUUGGACUGAAAGGAAUUGCGGGUCGCGAAGAUGAAAUUGUCACAUUCAUUCCCGGGUUUCCCGAACUCCGCCUGGGUGACAUACAAAGCGGAAUCGUCGCCGGGAACUUAGACUCGCCGUUCGCCGUCAUGAUACACACCAUGGGCCGUGCUCUGCCGAGAGCCACCGCGGUGGCCAUCAAUUCCUUCCGCGACUUGGACCCCGACAUCGUGAGCCUCCUAAAGACAAAGCUCUCCAACUUCCUCAAUGUGGGCCCCUUCAACGUGACGUCCCCGCCCCCGCCGCUCUCCGCGAAGGCCGACGAGGACUGCGUCCCGUGGCUCGACGGCCUGCCGGAAAAAUCCGUGGCGUACUUAGCCUUUGGGACGGUUUCGGUCCCGCCGCCAGAGGAGCUGGCGGCGGUGGCAGAGGCCUUGGAGGAGACCAAGACCCCUUUUCUAUGGUCACUUAGGGAGGACUUGACUUGCAAUUUGCCAAAAGGGUUUAUGGAAAGGACAAAAGAGUAUGGGAAAAUAGUCCCUUGGGCGCCUCAAGUGAGGGUUUUGGGACACGGGUCAGUUGGCGUGUUCGUGAGUCACGGCGGGUGGAACUCGGUCCUAGAGAGCAUCACGGCCGGGGUGCCCUUAAUUUGUAGGCCAUUCUUUGGGGAUCAUUUUCUCAACUCUUGGAUGGUGGAGAGAGCGUGGAAAAUUGGGGUGAAGGUUGAGAGAGGGGUUUUCACCAAGGAUGGGACAAAGGGUGCCCUUGAAUUGGUCCUAAGGAGUGACCUUGGGAAGGGUCUCAAAGGGCAAGCUGAAGUGUACAAGGACCUUGUCCAUAAAGCUGUAGGGCCAAAUGGGAGCUCGACGCAGGACCUCAUCACUUUGACAAAGAUCAUCAGUGGAUGAAGUUGUCCAAAAUCCGUUUUUUAAAAUUCCUUGCUCAUAAUAAAAUCGUGGUUUCGGAUAGGUUUUGACAAUAAAUCCCAGCUUUUGCUUUGGAUAAAAGCACUUUGUAAUGUUUAAGAAUUUCUGAUUUUCAUUUUUUUUCUAGAUCAAGAGACAAAAAAGUAUGAGCUGAAAAAUAUUUCGUAUCUCUGAGUUUGAUUUUAUUGUCAAGAUAAUCACUUUUGCAAAUUUAUACUCCCUCCGUCCCAUUUUAAAUUGCCUAUUUAUCUUUUUUCUCUGUCCCAAAAUAAGUUGUCUGUUAGUUG